GAAUCACACACAGAGAUGAAACCAUGAAGAGCGAGCAGAAGGAAUAAUAAUGCUUUUCCGAAACCGCUUUCUGUUCUUGCUGGCCUUGGCAGCCCUACUAGCCUUCCUGAGCCUCAGUCUGCAAUUCUUGCACUUAAUCCCAGUAAACCCCAUCAGGGAAGAUGGACUGAAUCCGAAGAGCCGGAAGAGAAUAAUGCCAGAUCUGCUGACUGAACCCCCUGCAAUAGAUCCUGUUUAUGAAGCUCAUGUUUACUGCAACGUUCCCACCAUUGCGGAGCGCAGCAUGGAAGGUCAUGCACCUCAUUAUUUUAAACUAGUGUCGGUUCAAGUGUUGAUUCGACAUGGUGAUAGAUACCCGCUGUACGCCAUUCCCAAGACGAAGAGACCUGACAUUGACUGCACCUUGGUGCCUAGCAGGAAACCGUCUCAUCCUCAGCUUGAAGCUUUCAUUAAACAUAUGUCCAAAGGCGCUGCAGCCCAAAUGGAUGGUACCCUCGGCAGCCUUCCCCGUUAUCCCAGCCACUCGCUGUGUGAAAUGGGCGAGCUUACCCAGACAGGUGUGGUACAGCACUUGCGAAAUGGACAACUACUACGAGACAUCUAUAUAAACAAACAUAAACUGCUCCAGAGCGACUGGGCAGCAAAACAGCUCUACUUGGAGACGACGGGCAAGAGCCGCACGCUGCAGAGCGCGCUGGCGCUGCUCUACACGUUCCUGCCCGAUUUUGACUGGAAGAAGAUUAACAUGAGGCAUCAGUGGAGCACCAUCUUUUGCUCUGGAAGCUGUGACUGCCCAAUGCGAAACCACUACCUAGAAGAGGAGCAACGCCGACAGUACAGCUUACGGGUGAAGAACAACAAUUUGGAGAAAAUAUACGUGGAUAUGGCAAAAAUUGUAGGCAUUCCUACCAGGCAGUUGAGAGCUUCUAACCCAAUAGAUUCUCUCCUGUGCUAUUUUUGCCAUAAUGUCAGUUUUCCCUGCACUAACACUGGCUGCAUUGGGAUGGAACAUUUUAAAGUAAUCAAGAGACACCAAUUAGAGGAUGAAAGAGAAAGACAGGAAAAGAAACUCUAUUUCUUGUACGCACUGUUGGCUACUCACCCUCUCCUCAACCAGACUGUUAACCGGCUGCAGCGUAUUGCAGAAGGCAAGAAAGAAGAAUUAUUUGUGCUUUACUCCGCCCAUGAUGUCACAUUGUCCCCUGUUCUCAGUGCCUUGGGCAUUACUGAAGCCAGAUUUCCGAGAUUUGCAGCCCGAUUAGUCUUUGAGCUGUGGCAGGACGGGAAGAGACCCAAAGAGCACUUUAUCCGCAUCCUCUACAAUGGUGCUGAUGUCACAUUCCAGACCUCGUUCUGCAAGGAUUAUUACAAGCGUUCCAGCAAGCCCAUGUGCCCACUAGAAAAGUUUGUGAACUUUGUCAGAAGGGAAAUGUUCUUGGUUUUUAAUAGUACUAGUUACUAUGAUGCAUGUCGUAGAAGACCGCUGUAAGGAGGGGAAGUGAGAAGGAAGCAAUGUUACCUUGUGUAUCAGUGCGAGUCUCUUGUAUCUUUUCUGGUGGAGGGGAAGAUCAGUCUGACCAUUUCUUGUACUUGUUUGUGUAAGUACAAAAGAAUAUUGCUUGAAACAGUUUUCAGGUAGUUUUAUUUUCAUUGAAAAACCAUAGAUGGUCUCCAGUAGAA